AUGCUUCAGGGCUGCCGCCUCGUCGACAAGAACAACAGACACGCAGUGAUGAUCGAAGACGACGUUGUGAUGUACGUCCAGAUCAAACAGAAUGUUCGUGUCGUCGACCGUGGGCACGUGGAGCAACGAGCAAGCGGGCUGAAGGACGUGAUCAUGCACGCGAUCGUCGAGUCGCAGCCCCGAGAAGCAACAGCGCAGACAGGGAGCUUGAUGAGCUUCCACAGGCGCUUUGGCCACCUGUAUUACGAAGACAUUGAGCGACUCGUCGCGAAUCCGGCGAACGGACUCGAGCUCACCGACAAAUCCAAGUCGGCACAGUCCAAGUCGGCACAGUCCAAUUCGGCACAGCCCAAGAAGGAUAGCGGUCUAAACGCGACGCUUGACGUGGUUGGUGGGGUCAUUUGCAGUGACCUGAAAGGCCCCAUAACGCCCAUGGACAAGCGGAAAAACGGACACUUGAAUAAUUUUAUCGACCACAAAUCCAACUACGUGCGUGUAUUCGUCGCAAAGUCCAAGGACGAAGUCGCACGAAAGUUCCAGCACAUUAAGGUCUUUUGA